GCGGCGAAAUUUAAAUGAACCAUGAAAAGAAGUCCACGAUGAAUGCUCGUUUUUGGUCAACUAACGUGUUUAUAGAAAAGCUGAUUUGUAAAGCUACAACAUUCAGGCAGAAAGUUGUACUGCUAUGAGGCUAAUAUAAGGUGGCGCUGCUUCGUCAAAGAGAUUGUCGUAAUUCAGUUGUUACUUCGUCGAAAAUUUUGCAUAUCUUUGUGAAAUUGUUUGCGUCAUUUUUGUAAUUUUAUUUUUACACGUCGAAACUCUACCUUCAGUUGGAAGGGAAAAACGUUUAAAUGAACUCCACGAUGACACAAGGCGCAAGAAUUUUUCGUAAACUACGGUUUUCAAGAUGUUACCCAACCUCCUCUGAAUUCUCAUCAAAUAUUAGUCGUUCCAGCAGCUCGCCUUUCUUUCCAAGAAGUCACAAUUCAAGAACAAUAAGAACGUCCAGUUUGACACGAACAUGUUCAAAUUUCAGUGAUGCCUUUUCAGAGGAGAAUAAAGACCGCCUUGUCAGGCAGCUUGGAAAAAUGAGAACUCCUAAGUCUUUGCUGGCAAGGUGCUCUGAGGAGGCUGCUGUAUUUGUCCCUUUCUGUCUUGUGAACUCUGUUCCCUCAGUGCUUUUUACUCUUCGUUCCAGUCAAUUGAACAGUCACAAAGGAGAAGUAAGUUUUCCAGGUGGUAAGAGAGAUCCUGAAGAUAACAGUAUUGUAGACACAGCUGUUCGGGAAAUGGAAGAGGAAUUAGGACUGGAGAGAAGUUGUGUUCAAGUCUGGGCACAGAUGCCAGCAUUUCCAGAUCGGACUGGUAAAAAAGCUGUCACCCCUGUCAUUGGUUUUCUUGGAGAAAUUGAUGUGAAUUCACUUAAAUUAAACCCAGAGGAGGUGGAAUCUGUCUUCACUCUUUCACUGGCACAUGUCUGUAAUCCACUCAAUCGAGGCUAUACCAAGUUUACAUCUCAGACUGUCUAUCCAUUGUUUCUCAAUGGACCUCGCAAGAUUUGGGGCCUCACUGCUAUAGUGCUUGAACAGGUGCUACUGCUUGCUGUUCCAGAGAGUUUUCAAGAACAGUUUUUUAGGCCUGCAAAUAAAAAAUGACCUACAGCAAGCGUGAAGCAGUAUGCAAAGUAGUGGAAGUGAAGAAUGCUUAAGUGAAUGUAACACAAGGUGGUAAGCUUUUUGAUAAAAGAAUGCAAAAAUUCAAUAUAAAGGAAAGAAUAAUUAGUUAAAAAGAAAAGUCAACACUGCCAAUAUUUUCUGUGUGAAUGGUGCUGUUUUAUUUUGAAAAUAUAUUACUAAACAUUUUUGUCAUAAAUUGUACAAAUCAUUGUGUGACCUUUUACAAAAACCAAACAGUAAUGGUAUAUGUGUCUAAGAUGAAUAAUUAGCUCAUUUCCACUGAAUGGCUCAAAUUACAAGCUCAGUAAUUUAUAACCUGUCAGAGUUACAUUAAGGGCCAAUAUUUUGGUAGUUAUGAUAAAAAAGACCACAUUUCUUUAAGAAGAGAUUUUGCAACUAUUUGGUUGCUUUCCAAGUCUGCAUAACAGUCAAUAAAUCAUUCAAGUAUUGUGAUAAUCAUUGGUAAUGAUAAUGCUAGACAAUUUUUUAAGAGUAUAAUUUCUGUGGCAAAGUCAAUAUAGAAUAUUAUGUACUUACUUAUUUCCAGUCUGCCUAUUGUUUGUGUAUCCAGAAUUUAACUAAUUACAACCUCACUGUGUUGUUUGUAUCACCCAUAGUCACUGUUACAAUAUUAUGUGCAGGUGACCAUUUCUUAAUCAACAGAUAUAAAACAACUUUUGAAUUAUCUUUGCUAAGUCAUCAAAUUAAGCAACUUUUAACCCUUAAACUACCAGAAGUGAUCAACAUCUAACUUCUCUCUAUUGUAUCCAUACAUUAUCCAGUAAGCAGGUAAUGAGAAUUAACCCAAAGUUAUCUGCAGGAAGAAGUUGUUUUCUUGAUCUAACAUUUAAUUCUCGUAACUAAUUUCAAGGAAAUGUGCAGCAGCUAAAGGGGAGAACUGACAACCAGAUCGUGGGAGUUAAGGGGUUAACCCAAAAAGGGUCACUUUUAAUUAGAUAGGCAAUCCAAAAAGUAUUUUUUCAUGUUAUCUAUUUAUUUACAUAUAAAAACAUGAAUAAAUAAAGU